UCAAUUACCCACAAAUCCACUCAAAAAACAACAAAAAAAUUACCUUCAAAUCCACUCAAAUCCAUUCAAAUCAUCUCCCCCAAAUCACUCCAAAAGAACAAAGCCUAACAAAUAAGUUUCACGAUUUUUUUUCACUUUUUUCUGUUUCUUUUUAUUUACAGAGGAACAUUGUUUUCAAAUAAAAAACUAGCAUGUUGAAAAUUUAAUAACAAUAUAACAGUAUAUUUUCAACAGCUGUAUGGCAAACCUAAAUCCUCUUCAACUUUCUGCUCUCAAUCAAAUAAAACUGCACCUUCUCGGAGAAUUCUCUCCUCUUCCAAUCACAUCCUCUUCUGAUGUCACCAAAAAUAACUUCUCUUUUCUAUUUGAGGAACCAAAUCCCACCUCAUCUCAAUCAAACUCCAUCUGUUACCAAUCUUCAACUUCUCACUCAUUUGAAACAAUGGACCAUUUUUUCUCUGACUUUCUCGACUUCCCAACUACUUCCAUGGAACACCAGUUCUCUCGUUUCGAACUCGAGUCCAAACCCCAAAUGAGAUCACCACACUCCGAAUCCACACCCUCAAACAUCUACCUCGGAUUUCACAUUUCCGAACACGCAUGUCCCAGCGUCGUGGCCGGGGCUGAAUUGGAGGAGGGAGACGGUGCUGGAGCCGGGAAGAAGGGGUUGCAAGCCUUCAACUACGGGCCACAGAGAUCUACGUUUCCUGCGAGGGUUGUGUUCCAAGAAGAGACCGAUGAGGUGGGUUAAGUUGUUGACGGAGAAAGGGAUUUGACUGUUGAAGUUGUUGGAGGAUAAUCCAAGCGAGUGAGACGAGCGAGGCAAGUGAUACUCGAAGAGAACUCACCCGAGAAGUGGUUAUUCUGGAGGUAGAGGUUAAGGAGGAAAGAGAGAGAAAAGAUAAAUAUUUAAUAAAAAUAUAGGAAGAGAGAAAAAGUUGGUGUAUUUAAGUAAGGAGUGAGAAAAAAAAUGUGAAGAUUCUUUUCCCACUUUACUUUAACUUCGUUUAUAUCCAUUUUUAAAACCAAUUACUAAACAAAAAUUCAUCUCGGAUAUGACGAACUAAACAUUUAAACUUAAUAAUAAUAAUACAAUAGUUUAAUAUUAUUAAUAUAAUAAUAAUAAAUUUUUUAAUAUUAUAUAAAAAGUUAAAUAAAUAAUUAAAUUUAUCUGUG